AUGGAUACUACUCCUCUGCAGAUGCUCACAGUGGCCACUGCUCCUUAUCUGGACCAGAGACCAGGCACAGGUGGUCUGAGGAAGAGGGUCUGCCUGUUUCAGACCAGACCCCACUAUCUACACAACUUCAUACAGAGUAUCUUCUCCUCCAUCGACCUGCGAGAGCGGCAGGGAUCCACCAUGGUGCUGGGAGGAGAUGGGCGCUUUUUCAACAAGACCGCCAUCGAGGUCAUUGUACAAAUGGCAGCAGCCAAUGGGGUGGGACGAGUCAUCAUAGGACACCAUGGGAUACUGUCCACACCUGCUCUUUCUUGUGUGAUCAGGAAAUACAAAGCCAUAGGCGGCAUCAAUCUCACCGCCAGCCAUAACCUCGGGGGACUUGAGGGAUACUUUGGUAUAAAGUUCAACGUGGCAAACGGAGGGCCGGCGAAAGAAGCUAUUACCAACAAGAUCUUUCAAAUCAGCAGAACUAUUGAGGAGUUUGCCAUCUGCCCGGGAUUAAGGGUGGAUCUGACUACUGUGGGAAAACAGUCAUUUGACCUGGAGAAUAAGUUCAAACCAUUCAAAGUGGAAAUUAUCGAUUCUGUGGAGUCUUACGCCAAUCUUCUGAGGAACGUUUUUGACUUUGCUGCAUUAAAGGAACUUCUGUUUGAAGAAAACCAGAUAAAAAUCAGAGUGGAUGCAAUGGAUGGAGUUGCUGGUCCGUAUGUGAAGAGGAUAUUGUGUGAAGAGCUGGGCUGUCCUGCAAACUCAGUCAUUAACUGUACCCCUCUGGAAGACUUUGGGGGGAGGCCUCCUAAUCCCACCUAUGCUGCAGACCUGGUGGAAGACAUGAGGAGUGGACUGUGGGAUUUUGGCGCUGCCUUUGAUGGUGAUGGGGAUCGUAACAUGAUCCUUGGUAAGAAUGGAUUUUUUGUGUCUCCAUCCGAUUCUGUGGCUGUAAUUGCGGGGAACAUCUUUUGCAUCCCGUAUUUUCAACAGACAGGCGUCAGGGGCUUCGCUCGCAGCAUGCCCACAAGUGCCGCUUUAGACAGAGUUGCUAAAGCCACAAAAAUAGAAUUAUAUGAAACUCCUACAGGUUGGAAGUUCUUUGAUAAUUUGAUGGAUGCAGGCUGUCUAUCACUGUGUGGGGAGGAAAGCUUUGGGACAGGAAGUGACCACGUUCGUGAAAAGGACGGGCUUUGGGCUGUGCUGGCUUGGCUCUCCAUACUUGCUGCAAGACGACAAAGCGUGGAAGACAUUGUUAGAGAUCACUGGAUAAAAUACGGAAGAAACUACUAUACAAGAUAUGACUAUGAGAACGUGGACAUUGAUAUAGCUUGUGAAAUGAUGGAAGAUUUGGAAAUUCUGAUCACUGACAAGUCAUUUGUGAAACAAAGAUUUGCUGUUGAAGAUAAAAUAUUUCAAGUAGAAAAAGCAGACAACUUUGAGUACACAGACCCUGUCGACAGUACCAUCUCCAGGAACCAGGGGUUGAGGAUCAUCUUCUCUGAUGGCUCUCGAAUUAUCUACAGACUCAGUGGAACGAGCAGUGAGGGGGCCACAGUUCGAAUAUACAUCGACAGCUAUGAGCAACACGAUGUUUUCCAAGAUACUCAGGUGAUGCUGUCACCCCUAGCAACCAUUGCAGUGAAGAUUUCUCAGCUGCACAUCAGGACAAAGCGCACAGGUCCUUCAGUCAUCACAUGA